AAAAACAUUAGCUAUAAAGUCAAACGAAUCAUGUCCGAAUCCGAAAAGAAGAAAAGGAAAAAGAAGUAGCUACAGAAUUUUCCAACUCAGUUGCAGCUGAAGGAAAUAACCUGAUACAAGUUCACACAACUUCCAUCCAUGUCUCAGAAACAUGAAGAGGACCAAGAAUUCGAUGUAGGAAGUGAAGAUGAAGCUGCCGGGAAAGGGACAUGGAAACACGCAGCUUUUCAUGUUGCCACCACCAUUGCUACCCCUGCCGCUUAUGCUCCUCUUCCUUUUGCCCUCGCUUCCCUCGGUUGGCCUCUUGGUGUAAGCAGCUUGGUGACUGCAACACUAGCCACGUGGUAUUCUAGUUUGCUUAUUGCCUCCUUGUGGAGAUGGAAUGGGAAGAAGCAUGUCACUUACCGGCUUCUUGCAGACAGCAUCUUUGGAUUCUGGGGUUACUGGUCUAUUGCAUUUUUUCAGCAGGUGGCUUCAAUAGGAAAUAACAUCGCCAUUCAAAUCGCUGCUGGAAGCAGCCUCAAGGCAGUUUACAAGCACUAUCACAAGCAUGGCACACUCACGUUGCAACAUUUUAUUAUUUUCUUUGGGGCUUUUGAACUUUUCCUAUCUCAGCUCCCUGACAUCCAUUCUUUAAGAUGGGUCAAUGGGUUAUGCACUUUAAGCACAAUCGGCUUUGCCUGCACAACCAUCGGUGUCACAAUCUAUAAUGGUAAAAAGAUUGACAGGGAGUCAAUUAGUUAUAGUUUGCAGGGAAGCUCAUCUGCUAAGAGAUUUGCAGCAUUCAAUGCUCUUGGUGCAAUUGCCUUUUCAUUUGGAGAUGCAAUGCUUCCUGAAAUACAGAAUACAGUGAGGGAACCUUCAGUGAAAAACAUGUACAAAGGUGUAUCAGCAGCAUAUAGUGUUAUUGUUCUAACUUACUGGCAACUAGCUUUCACUGGAUACUGGGCAUUCGGAUCACAAGUCCAGCCUUACAUCGUGGCUUCAUUGACUGUUCCAAAAUGGACAAUUAUAAUGGCCAAUAUCUUUGCUGUGAUUCAAAUAUCAGGAUGCUACCAGAUUUAUUGCAGGCCGACUUAUGCAUAUUUUGAGGAAAGAUUGGCAUCCAACAGAACAUCCAUGUUGAAAAAUGGUCUUAUCCGACCAAUCUUCACCUCCAUCUACAUUGUUGUUAUUACACUGGUUGCUUCAGCAAUGCCAUUUUUUGUAGAUUUUGUGUCCAUUUGUGGCGCCAUUGGAUUCACUCCCCUGGAUUUCAUCUUCCCUGUUUUAGCAUUCCUGAAAGCUGGGAAAAUGCCCAAAAACAGAGCAGUUGGCAUCUCCAUGCGGAUUCUGAAUGUUGGAAUAGCCGCCUGGUUUUCGAUUGUUGCUGUGGUGGGUUGCAUUGGUGCAAUCAGAUUCGUUGUUGAAGACGUCAAGACUUAUAAGUUCUUUCAUGACAUGUAAAAGUUCUUCUGUUUUAAUAUUAAAAGAUCAUGGGAUACACAUAGAUGGCUUUUGAUAAAUUUAUAUAAAUAUUGGGAAUCUAGUUGCUUUAAUAUUUAA